AAAGAGAGAUCAGAAGAUAGAAGAAGUUUGGCCGUAUAAAAGCAAAGGGUUACAGGGCUUAAAGUCGCCAUUUACGCUUCGCUUCAAUCUGAGCCGGUAUCAAUCAUCCAAAUCCACUCGGCCGCCGCCGUCCGUCGCCGAUUAACAUCGCCUCUGCUGCAUCGCCGUCUGUCGCAUGAGCAAAUAGUUUCUUGGCAAUUCAGAGAUGUAUCCUUCUCGUGGGACUGGUGCUUAUGGACAGCAUCAGAGCUACUCUUCCCAAUCAACCUAUCAGCAAAGCCUGGUAUCCGGGGGUUCGGCUGAUGGGUCCUCUCAGCUGCUAGCAGCUUCACGCCAUUCCUCCAUGCUUGGGGCUUCUCAAGAUGCCAAUGCAGGUGGGUACCGAGCUCACGGUCAUCACCCCUCUUCUGGGCCUAAUUAUGGAGGACAAUACAGUGCGGUUUAUGGUUCUACUGCUCAACAGACUAGUUCUGUAAGUGGAAAAGCACCUGCAUCAUCCAUUGCAGACUCAUCCAAGUUUCCUUUGGGUGACUAUGUUUCAUCAUCUAGCCAUGCAUAUGGCCAUAAGUCUGAAGGUUAUUCAGAUAGGGUUCCUGAUUACUCUACCUUGGAAAGACGUCAAUAUGGUGAUCCCCAUAGUGCAUAUGUGGGUGGCAGAGACUUAACCAUGGAACCCGCCUCUCGUUAUCAGGAUGCCAUUUCUUUUAAUAAACACCAGGCUGAGUUAUAUGAUCGCAUGGAUCAAGCAUCGAUCCUCAGAAAAGAACAGCUGCUAAAGGCACAAGGACUUCAAUCUGGAUCACUUGAAGGGGUUCCAAGACAAGCUGAUUAUCUCGCAGCAAGAACUGCAGCUGCCCGUCAUGCACCCCAAAAUCGCCUCUCAGCUCAAGAUCUUAUUGCUUACAGCACCAGGUCGGACGCUGAUCCCCGUGCCUUAUCAGCAUUAGGCGGUUCGUCAUUUGAUGGACAACAUGCUCCUUCGAUCUUAGGGGCAGCACCUCAAAGACCAUUAGAUGACCUCAUGUAUUCUCAAAGUUCUUCAAAUCCUGGUUAUGGUGUGAGUCUGCCUCCUGGUAGAGACUAUGGAAUUGGAAAAGGGCGUCAUGCGUCUUCCCUUGAUUCAGAUUUUCCAAGUAUUAUGGCACGCCAUUCAAGGAUGGAUGAUUAUAAGGAUGACAGGAUUGCUUAUGCUCGUGAGCUUGAACGGGUGGAAAAGGAGCGUCUAUACUUGCGCGAGCAUGAUAAAGACAGAGAAAGGGAGAAGGAGCGAGAGCGAGAACGAGAAAGAGAUCGGGAGCGUGACCGAGAAAGAGAAAGGGAGCGGGAGCGGGAGCGUGAACGAAUAAGGAAAAGAGAAAGAGAACGAGAACGAGAACGCAUUUUGGAGCGGAAAGAGAAGGAACGUGAUAACGAGCGCAAACGUGGAACUGAAACUAGGCCUGAACGGACACCACCAAGAAUGUCCAGGGAGCCCCGAGGUACAUCAGUGACAAAGGACAGCAAGUCCUUAAGACGUGACUCUCCGCGACAUGAAGUUCUGCAUAGGCGCCAUUCACCAGUUAAAGAAAAGAGGAGAGAGUAUGUGUGCAAGGUCUACUCAUCCCGCUUGAUGGAAACUGAGAGAGAUUAUUUAUCAUUGGAUAAGUUGUAUCCACGACUUUUCAUUUCUCCCGAAUGCACAAAGGUAGUUGUACAUUGGCCUAAUGGGAAUCUUAAGCUUUCUUUAUAUACUCCAGUCAGUUUUGAGCAUGAUUUUGUUGAAGGAGAGGCUACUAAGGAGCAGAAAAUUUUAUCGCCAAGUAAAUCUGUCAGCGAACUCCAAGGAGUAGAACAUGGAGUUACAAUAUGGAGUGCCAAGAUAAUUCUGAUGAGUGGACUCAGUAAAAAUGCUUUAGAGGAGCUAUCAUCUGAAAGAAACUAUGAUGAUCGCAUACCUCACUUCUGCAAUAUGCUAAGAUUUGCCCUUCUUAAGAAGGAUAAUUCUUUAAUGGCAAUUGGAGGUCCAUGGGACAGUGUUGAUGGUGGGGAUCCAUCUGUUGAUGAUACUGCUUUGAUUCAGACUAUCCUUAGAUAUGCAAGGGAGACCACACAUCUUGAGUUAAAGGACUGCCAACACUGGAAUCGUUUCCUUGAGAUACAUUAUGAUAGAUUUGGAAAGGAUGGCAUGUUCAGUCACAAGGAGGUGACUGUUUAUUUUGUUCCAGAUUUGUCUGAUUGUAAACCUUCAAUGGAUUUGUGGCGGGAGCAAUGGGUUACUUACAAGAAGGCAAUUGCUGAACGAGAACGCCAAGAGGCACUCAGAAAAGAGAAACAUGUUGAAAAGAAGGAUAGCAAAGAUAAGGACUCUGAGAAACUCAAAGAUCCUAAGAGGGAUACUAAGGUAGAUAAAAAGAAUGACAUUUCAUCAUCCAAGAAAUUAAUAGAGGGAUUAGAAAAGGAGAAUGAUGGUAAGAGGAAACAGAACAAAGUUGACAAGGAAGGUAGUGAUAAGAAAACAGGUCAGAGCUUAGAUGAAAAGGAUGGAAGUGACACCAAAACAGCACAGAACAAAACUGAUAAGGAUGGAAGUGCUAAGAAAACUUCACAGAACAAAGCUGAUAAGGAUGGAAGUGAAAAGAUAACAGCACAUAGUGAACUUGUAGUUGGAUCUCAUGAUGAAGAAAGUGCUGCUACCACCAUCAUUACAACUGGUGAGGGCAAAACGGGUGGUGUUCAAGCCGAAGCUAGUGUUAAGACUGGGAAGAAGAAAAUAAUAAAGAGAAUUGUGAAAAAAGCUAUUGUUAAGAAAGUGGAAGCUACAUCUUCUCCCAAAGAGAAUGAUGAGGUGAAAGAAAAAGUUGAAGAAAAGGCUGCAAGCUUAGAUGGUGGCUCCACACAGGUUGCAUCAUCUGCUAAUCCUAGUGCAGUCAAAACUUUUGUGAGGAAGAAGGUUAUUAAGAAGGUCCCAGUUGUGAAAACAGCAAAGAAGGUUAGUCAACCAGCAGCUUCUGUUGUUAGUGAACCAGUUCCGUCCGAUGUUGAUAAAUCGACACCUUCUGAGAUCAAGACUUCAAAGGAAUCUGAAUGUCCUGAAGACAAUGCACCAAAUAAUAGUGCUAACAACACUUCCGGGGUUCAGGAAGCCAGUGUGAAAAGGACUGUUAAGAAAAAAAUUAUUAAAAAGGUGCUUAAAAGGAAAGUUAAAACAGAUGGCAGCAAUGGUUUAACUGUAGCUGAGGGUGUUAAAGAAGGUUUGGAAGAACAAGCACCAGUAAAAGCUGAUGCUGAUAAAGAGUUGCAAAUUGAAUCUAAUGCUCAGCAGCAUAUGAUAUCUCCAGAAACAAAAGUUGGUCUUAAAUUGGAACAUCCGUCAUCACCAAGCAUGACUCAAGAAAAAAAGGCUAAAGAAGUUAGUAGUGCUUCUUCAUCCAAAAUGGAGCCAGGAACCAACAUAGAGAAGAACUCUCCAAAUGAGGAAUGUGUAAAACUGGAAUUGAUGGAGACACCAGAAGAAGAGAAAGCAAAGAAUGACAAAAAAGAUGUUUCUAAGAGCAAGUCAGUCAAAGAGGUUAAAGAAAAGAAAAGUGAUGAACCACCCCGCCAUCCUGGAUUCAUUCUUCAAACACAAAGUAACAAAAAUCAGAAGUUGCAUUCGAUGUCCCUCUCACUGGACUCUCUCUUGGAUUAUACUGACAAGGAUGUUGAUGAUUCGAGAUUUGAGCUAUCACUGUUUGCUGAAUCUAUGUAUGAGCUGCUUUAUUGUGAAAUGGGAUCACGCCUGUUGACAUUUCUUAAGGAAUUACGCAUCAAAUCUGUAACCAAGAGAAACCAAAGGAAAAGAGAGCGAGAUGAAGCUUCUAAGAAAGAGAGUGAAGAGAAAUCAUUGGCGAAGCGAGCCAAAACAGAAGAACCAAAGGAUGAUAAUCAAUCUGCUGAGGUUGACAAACACCAGAAGGAUGCUAUUCCAGAUAUAAAGAAGUCUCCAGUGAAGGAAGAAGAGACUACUAGCUCUCCUGCUAAGACUGAAGAUGUUAAGAUGCAAGAUGAUUCUUCAAUGCAUAAUGAGACGGAUGAAGAUGAGGAUCCAGAGGAAGAUCCUGAAGAAUAUGAAGAAAAUGCAGAAGAUGAAGAAAAUGCGGAAGAUGAAGAAAUGCCUGAUGAAGAGAUCCCUGAUGUGAACCCUCAGAGUGACACAGAGAAGGAAAAUGUUGAAGAUGGCACUAAUGUCACUGUUAAGACUGAAAUUUUAGACGGGGAUGAGGCCAAUAUGAAACAAGAAAUGUGUGUAGAAGCCUCUAAUUUAAGCACAGAUGCUGCUAGUGUAAGCAGCAAAGACAAGAAUACAAUUAAGCCUGAGACAGAGACAAAGGGCUCUCAUGCUGAGAUUGACAAGGACCUAUUGCAGGCUUUCAGGUUUUUUGAUCGAAACCGUGUGGGUUACAUAAGGGUAGCAGAUCUGAGGCUAAUUAUCCACAAUCUUGGCAAGUCGCUAUCAAACCGGGAUGUUAAGGAUCUGGUUAUGAACGCGCUUGUGGAGAGCAACACGUCAAGGGAUGACCGUGUUAUAUACCACAAGCUGGUCAAGAGGUCUGUCUGAGAAGUUCAUCAAUCAUCACACAUUAGAAUUUUCUAUGGUUCUCUUGUCAUGAACUGUGUACUGCUUUGUCUUUGUUUCUUCUCUGAUUUUGAGUUCUCAUGUACCCUGCAACUCUUUUCUUUUUUUUUUUUUAGAUAAAUUGAAGUUGCCAAUUCAAUAAUAACAUCUGUGUUCGAUUUUGUUUUUAUGGAUAUGGCCUUAGUGAAACAUUUGAGAUAUUGGAUUAGCGCAGCUGGAUAGGCCUUUGAACUCUGUUUUACUCUAGUAUGUACUUCGUAUAAACUAGUAUGCCUUUC